AACAUUAGCAUAACUGUACAUGUGCACGCAUACGUACGUAUGUCACGAGUGAGUGGUUUGCAAUGGGGUGUUAUUUUUGUAAUGAAUGGAAAGUCGAUAUCUCGACGGACUCGCCAACCAUGGGUUCGUUGGGUUGUAGCUACGCUGCUAACGUGUCACUAUUUCAGUAGAUCGUGUAGUGUUGGCGAUGCUGCAUGGCGGCGUGUUCACGGUGAGAAAUUAGAUCACCCUUGAUUGGUCGUGUUGUCUGUCUCUCUGAAGCCGCUGCGACGUAGUGGAGCUAGGGCCAAGCUUUCUUCACGGUCACAGGGUGAGUUGUCAACAUGCGGAGCCGACAAUGCAACAAGUUGGUGUUCGCCCUUUUUGUGUUGGGCGCUUUCGCCUCGGGAAUGCUGUCUGGAAUAUAUUACGAGGCCAUGUCGGCUGACAUGCACGUCGGGGUCCGGGAGGCCGACAGGGCGAACAUCAACGGUGGUAAGCCGAACGGACAACAGAGCCUGGGUCACAGUGUUGGUCCACAGCCGGGCAAAGACAAUCUGAGAGCUGACAAGACACUGGACCACAUUCACCAGAAGACCAAAACAAACACACAAGCCGAGGCAGAAACCAAGCCCAAGGAACCAGUUCAAUCCGGGGCCAGUAAAACCAUUGACUCGGGCAAGCAUGCUCAGAUGAAGGAGCAGCUUAAACGGGGACAGAGUGAUGACAUCUUGCAUGCAGAUUCUGGCAACAUGGAUGGAUUACCAGAUGUGGGUGAACACCAUGCGUUCAUAACUAGGAAAGAGUUUGGACGUCCCAUUCGUCUUCAGCCAAAUGCACCUCCACCUGUCUUAGCCAACCAGAAGUCCGGUCAAGACAGUGUUGAGAUGCGGAAACAGCAGCAGCAAAAACAAUUGCAGCAACAACAACUUCAGCAACAGCAACAACCAAAGCCACAGUUGAACCAACAAGGACCACAACAGCAAAAGUUUGCUCAGCAAAAUGCGCCGCAACAACAGCAGCAACAACAGCGUCAGCGGCAGAACAUGCAGCCAGCCAAUGACAAGCCACAGUCAAACCUGCCGCCAGGCAAUCCGCCUCGUGCAGCUCCACCGGCACGUAUGCCCGCGGCUGCAGCAUCGGGUCUGAAGCCGGACCAGUUGGCAGCAGCCAAAGCCCAGGAGAUCAGCAAGAAUAUAGAGGAGAAACUCGCCAGCGAGCCCAUACCAAAAGUAGACGGCAGAAUCAUGGUAUCAGUGGUGAUCUGCGGGGACAGAACCGACGAGGCACUGAUGAUGGUCAAAUCCGCGGCCCUGCUGACACUGUCGCCCGUACACUUUCACAUAUUUGCCGAAAAGGAAUUACAGGCGAACAUAGUCGCCAGACUCAAGUCUUGGCCGCAGCCCUACAUUUCUAGGAUAAGCUACGAUAUCCACGACAUCGCAUUCCCACCCGGCGAAAAUGCCGAGGAGUGGAAGAAAAUGUUCAAGAAGUGUGCAACCCAGCGUCUAUUCAUCCCUGACCUGUUGUUGGACACGGAUGCCCUCUUGUACGUGGACACAGACAUCUUGUUCACCAAGCCCCUAGAGUACAUCUGGAGCGUCUUCAAGAAGUUCAACAGCACCCAGCUAGCCGCCCUCACCCCAGAGCACGAGGUGACCAGCAUCGGCUGGUACAACCGCUUUGCCAGGCAUCCCUAUUACGGUCCGACCGGUCUGAACUCGGGGGUCAUGCUCAUGAACUUGACCCGGAUGCGAAGGUUCGGAUGGUCCAGCACGAUUCUCCCUAUCUACCGGGAGUACAAACUGAAGACGACUUGGGGAGACCAGGAUUUGCUGAAUAUUCUUUUCCACUUCCAUCCUGAGUUGGUCUAUGUGUAUCAGUGUGAGUGGAACGUUCGGCCGGACCACUGUAUGUACUCCUUGAACUGCCAUCGCGUCGAAAAAGAAGGAAUUGGGGUCAUACAUGGCAACAGAGGCGUCUAUCACAACGAGAAGCAACUCCCCUUCCGCGCCAUCUACGAGGCUUUCCGCGAUUACCAGUUUGGCACUGAUCUGAACUCGGGACUUGUGCAACCCCUGAAGCAGCGCUUUACCCAGUCGGAUGUUGCCAGCAUGUAUUGCACAAAGGGUUUACAGCAUCCCCUAAUUGCUACUCUGCAAAGAUAUGCCAAACAUCGGCAGUAGAGAGUUUCCAAUGGAAAGUACUUACGGUCCCCACUGUAGAAUUUGUGUACAAAUGACCUCAAAUUCAAACCUCUGUGCAAGUUUAUUUAAACUUACCACGUCUAAGAUGUGGGGGAAGGUUUUUGAAGCAAAUUUGUUCUGAUUCUAUUUCCAAACGCUGAUAAAAGUCAUGUUGUAUGUUUUGUAUGCCAGUUUAAAGGUUAAAAAACCUUGUACUUUUUAUUUAUGUGUGAAUGGAAAAACAAGCCCAGUCAGGGUUAUGACAUGUAAAAUCAUGAGGUAAUGUCCAUUUCAGUUAAUUUGUAAAACAAAAGUACACGUAAUGUAAAGUGAAUGUGUUUGUAGAUGUCACAGAGUUUUUGAAAAGAGCAGGGUCUCAGCUGUAACAGUGCAAGUCACUAUUGUUACUUUCUCAGUCAUGAAUUUCCAAAUUUAGGCUAUAAAUCUGGAGUGAUUGAUGAAUCAAAGACUGGGGUUUGCAUUGCUUAUGAAAAGGAAACAGCUCCGAAAAAUAUUGCUUCAAACUUUGCCUGCUGGAGCCCUGAAAUAUUUUGCUUGGUAAAGGAGUGUUUCGUCUCCAGACAGAAAAAAUCAGUGGAAGAAAUUUACAUUGCAAGAGAUAUUUGAAACAAAUGGAUCACUUGCUCUCUGCCGUGUGCAAGUUUUUUGUUUUCAUGUUUUGUUUUGAGACAGUAUUUUGUGGGAGAAUGUUUCUGAAAGGAAAUUACCUGACCCAGUGUCCAUACAAUCAUGAAGUCAGUUUCUGCUUAAUAUUUAUGAGAGAUAACAUGUUCGGGAAUGGCUUCUGUCAAAUAUUCCAAAAUGCAAGCAAAGCUACUUAUUCAAUAAUUAUUCAAUAAUUGUGAUAUUUUAUUCAGUUCGAGUUGUUAUUGUGUUUUUCAAGUUUUGGUUUGCUCACCAAGACUCCAGAAAAUUAGAAGACAGAAAUAGAUCAGGAUGAUAUACAUUUACAUAAAAUAAAGCUAGAAAUGACCUAGCAGGCACGAUGUACUGUAUAAUUUACAAACAGGGAUCAGUAAUGUCGUUUAACUGAAGUCAGUAAUUUGGUACUGUGAUUUCACGACCUCUUUAAUUUUUUCCAAUUAAAGUGUUGCUGUUUUCACUGUAACAUAUUUUAUCAUAAAGAUUAUAGAAUUGAUAUUGUCUUUCAAACGAGUUUCAAAUGGUUGGGUUUUUAAGCUUGAAGACACAUAUUAAAUCCAGUGAUUUAAAGCUUUUUUCUUCUCAUAUUUUGGCCAAUACAGUAUAUUCUAAGUUGAUUUACAUACUGCUGUAUCAUGUAACAUUGGUAAUUUUUCUAUCUUUCAAAAAAGUAUCUCGAGUAUCUUUGGUUUUUACACGCCAAGAAAAACAGUGUCUUUUUGUGGUUUGCUUGCAAUUAUAGACUUGUCAGGUAUUUUUGAGCUUCAUUUCUGAGCUUGUUUUAAAAUUCCAAUCAUUUUUGUGCAGGCGUUCCUAGAACUUGUCCUUUGACCUUUUUGCAUCGAUGUGGUUGUCGCACGCAUCCAUGUUCAGCCAGCCAUGCAUAAUGUGAAUGUUUUGGACAUAUGGAGGGGAUAGAAUAAUUGUCGCAUACGUGCACAGUCUUCUGUAAGUUCCUUAGUGUUAUUAGCAGAAUGGUUGAACAAGAAAUGAGAAGGCGAUAACAUGCUUCUUGGGUCAACAGACGAUGUAUAUUUUUUUUAUCGUAAAGGAUGCAGAUAAGUGUAUUGUAUAUCUGGUUCCAAGUUGUUCGCCAUGUCUUUCAUACUCUUGUAUCUUUCUUUGAUAUGCUCAACAACAGAUAAAAAUAUGUACUUUUACGUGUUUAUACUUUAUUGCACUUUUUAUUAAUAUUGUUUUCUUCACAAGUGACCUUAUUAGAAUAAAAUGUGAUCACUAAA